GCGGGGGCUGCGGGGCUGCGGGGCCGCGGGGCCGGCGAGAGGCUGGCGGGCGUGGCGGCGACCCCGCGGGGCUCCGGGCCGCAGCGCUGCGCAGGGAGGAAAGCUGCCCGGCCGGGGGUGGGGGUCUCCCUGCCCCUCGUGGGUUGCGGCCAAGCCCGGGGGAGCCCCGGCACUCGCCCCCGCACAGCCCGCAGGCAGCUCCACUGGCCGCCCGCCCCUCGGGCCCGUGGACACCGCCCCGCAGCAGCCCGCAGGCCGGGCAGGGCGCACCAGGCCCGGGGAGGAGCCCUCCCCGCCGCCGGGAAAGACCUUCCCGAGGAGCCAUCGCUGCCACCGAGCACCCCUGCCCCGCUUCUGCCCCCGCGGGGAACACACACUGGGUGGGAGGACCGCCCAAGGUUUGGCUCACACUGCUCUUGUCCUGCCCCCCAGGAUGGUUUGUUCUUGGGACCAGACCUGACCAGGCAUUGACCCAAUGAUCGCAUCAACCACUCCAGCUGCCAUGCUGCUCCGAAGGUUCCGACGGCUCUCCUGGGGCAGCACCGUGGUCCAGCUCUUCGUCCUAACUGUGGUGACGUUCGGCCUGCUGGCCCCGCUGGCCUGUCACCGUCUCCUGCACUCCUAUUUCUAUCUGCGCCACUGGCACCUGAACCAAAUGAGUCAGGACUUCCUGCAGCAGAGUCUGAAGGAAGGAGAAGCAGCCCUCCACUACUUUGAGGAGCUGCCCCCUGCCAAUGGUUCCGUGCCCAUCAUUUGGCAGGCCGCCCCCCGGCCCUGGCUGGUCAUCACCAUCAUCACCGUGGACAGGCAGCCCGGCUUCCAUUACGUCCUGCAGGUUGUGUCCCAGUUCCACCGACUUCUUCGACAGUGUGGCCCUCCGUGCGAGGGCCACCAACUCUUUCUGUGCAACGUAGAGCGGAGUGUGAGCCACUUCGAUGCCAAGCUGCUGUCCAAGUACGUCCCCGUGGCCAACCGCUACGAGGGCACCGAGGAUGACUACGGAGACGACCCUUCAACCAACUCCUUUGAGAAAGAGAAGCAAGAUUACGUCUACUGCCUGGAGUCCUCCCUCCAGACCUACAACCCAGACUAUGUGCUGAUGGUGGAAGACGACGCAGUUCCAGAAGAACAGAUCUUCCCAGUGUUGGAGCACCUUCUCCGGGAUCGCUUCUCCGAGUCGCACCUUCGAGAUGCCCUUUAUCUAAAGCUUUAUCACCCCGAGAGGCUCCAGCGCUACAUCAACCCAGAGCCUAUGCGGAUCCUGGAGUGGGUUGGCGUGGGCAUGUUGCUGGGGCCCUUACUAACUUGGCUGUACAUGCGGCUCACCAGCCGCCCGGGGUUCAGCUGGUCGGUCAUGCUCUUCUUCUCCUUGUACAGCAUGGGCCUGGUUGAACUGGUGGGCCGACACUACUUCCUGGAACUGCGGCGGCUGAGUCCCUCUUUGUACAGCGUGGUCCCUGCUUCCCACUGUUGUACUCCAGCCAUGCUCUUCCCUGCCCCCGCCGCCCGAAGGACCCUCACCUACCUGUCCCAGGUGUAUUGCCACAAGGGCUUUGGCAAGGACACGGCGCUGUACUCGCUGCUGAAGGCCAAGGGGGAACGGGCCUACGUGGUGGAGCCCAACCUCGUGAAGCACAUUGGACUCUUCUCCAGCCUCCGGUACAACUUCCACCCCAGCCUGCUCUGACAUCUGAGGAAGCUGCUCACUUCCCGGAGUUUCCACUAUUGAGCUCUCUUUCUGGACACAGUUGCUUGUUGAUUAUUUCGUCGUUUAGUGUUUACUAGGGAUGUCGGCACUGGGACAGCUGAGGGACACAAGUCAAGAGCAGAAGCUUUGAAAGCCACCCCCACCCCCGUCCCCCGGCUGGCAGCCCACCAUAGGAUGGGUCUCCCUCCACACAGCCAUGCUGCCUCAUGCCGUCGAACGCACCCAACCAAGUGGCACUCAAUUACCAGUUACAGUCUCCAUGAUGUGUUUAGCUCUUGAUGUGUUAGAGCUUGUGACUGCAAAGUUAUUGUACACAGUAAUAUGACGGUAGUAGGAAUUCACAGGUAGAAUUUAAGGAAAGGGUGAGAAACUUUGUGAAUCCAUUUCUUUCUCAUUGUGCAUGAGAAUGAUCAUGUGUUUAGUGCACAGGUCCAAAGAGGCAGGACCACUACUGAUAGCCUCCCUGUUUGUGUCCUUGACCUGGUGUAAUAAAAGUUCAUGCAGUGUC